AUGAGUCGACUCCUUACUGUGCAUGCUGUCGUUGGUUUUGCUUUUCUACCCGUUGUGAUUGGUGCCCCUGGGCUAUAUGAAAAAGAAGACUGCCCUGUGGCCGCGACCGAUAUUACCAAUUGUCGUCCAGCGCCAGAUAAUUUCCUCCCCAAUGCGAUAAACACGUCUGUGUCUGAUCACGCCGGCACCGACAUCCUAGAAGGCGCGUUUUCGGCGCUUGCUGUGCUUCAGAAUGAAUACUACCAGAUAGGAAGAAACACAUGGCCAUCAGCAAUAGACUGGACUGCCGCAGUUACAGAAACUGUAGUUAUUGGCAUGCUGUCGACCCUUACGAAGUCGCAAGACUCGUUACUUCUGAGCAGUAACCCGACUAUUCGAGGAGCACAUGAGAAUCUCAUCUCGUCGGUUUACGAUCAAGUUAUUGGCUAUCAUUUUGAGCAGGAUGUAGUGGCCAUCCGAGAUCAGGCUUUUGACGAUAUAUUAUGGGUGGUGCUUGGCUGGAUAGAGGCCGUCAACUUUGCUCGAUUGCACAACAGCCUCCAUUUCCCCGGGACUGAGUCCAAUUUCAAUGCUAGUUUCCCAACUGACGUUCAUGAAGCCCUGGCAUCGCUGCCUUGGCGCGGUCAGUUUUGGAUCCCUUCGUUCCAAAGCCGGGCCAAGAGUUUUUGGCUACUCGGCGCACAGGGAUGGGAUACUGCGCUGUGCCACGGCGGCAUGGUCUGGAAUCCCCGCCUAGAGCCUUACAAGAAUGCCAUUACGAAUGAGCUUUACGUCUCGGCCUCUAUUUCCAUGUACCAGUACCUCAACAACGGAACCGCCGUUGAUAAAGACCCCCUGCAUCUUCAAGCAGCUAUCGAGGGCUACAAAUGGCUUAGGGAUAGUAACAUGACCAACAGCCAAGGCCUGUUUGUUGAUGGCUUCCAUAUUGAUCGACAGAAGCCCGGCAAUGUGGAGUGCGAUGUCCGCGAUGAAAUGGUGUACACUUACAACCAGGGAGUGCUGUUGACGGGCCAAAGGGGGCUGUGGGACGUGACGGGGAGCCCUUCGUAUCUUGCAGACGGGCAUAACCUGAUUCAAGCAGUCAUCAAAGCCACUGGUUGGAGUCUUGAGACGAACCAACCGAUAGACUUGGUAGGAGUGUCGUCAAAACUACCAAAAUGGAGAGGCCUCGGCCGUGGAGGCAUUCUAGAAGAGGAAUGUGAUGCAAGUGGCACCUGCUCCCAGGAUGGGCAGACGUUUAAAGGGAUAUACUUUCACCACUUGAACGCAUUUUGUCGGCCUCUACAGUGGGAUGAUGUAAACGACGGCAAUGCUCUCAACAUGGAUAGCUUCGACCACGUCAAGGCAGCUCAUACAGCAGCCUGCGGGGCGUAUCUUGGCUGGAUCAAGCACAACGCUCUGGCAGCAUUGAGGACUCGAGACAGCAGAGGCCGCUUCGGCAUGUGGUGGGGAUCAGGCGUCUUUGGCAACAUUCAGGUUUCGCCAGAGACAGACGGGAUCAAUCACAAGGCCGUAAACUCCACCGACUAUCGUAACUACGGGACUCCCCAGGACGAGGUCUGGGGUCCAAGGGCAAGAUGGCUUCCAGGCACUGGGAAGGGGAUCCAGGAAAAACAAGCCCCGUUGACGUCAAGCACGGCGGAAACAGUCAUGCAAGGGCCACACGACGGCGAUGCCAAUGAUCGCGGCAGGGGAAGGACGGUGGAAACGCAGGCGGGGGGCGUCGCUCUGCUUCGCGCCUAUUGGGACAUUUCGCAAUUGCAGGCGUCAUGA